AUGCCCUACAAGAUCCAUAACCGAGGCCUUCUGGUCAAGACGGGCAUUGUACUCAGCGUCGUCAUCCUGCUUUUUUUUCUCCAGAGUUUUCCCAACCUUCACCUAAGCCUGGGCUGGAUCGCCAUCUUGGGCGCCCUUCUGCUCCUGGUCCUGGCGGACCUGGACGACCUCGAAGCCAUCAUGGCGCGCGUCGAGUGGACGACGCUAGUCUUCUUCGCCGCCCUCUUCGUGGUUAUGGAGGCCCUGGGCGAACUCCAGCUCAUCUGGUUCAUCGGCCAGCGGACCCAGGCCUGGAUCAGCGCGCUCCAUCCGCAGUCCCAGCUCCCGAUCGCCAUCUUGAUCGUGACCUGGGUGUCUGCCCUGGCCUCCAGUCUGAUGGACAAUAUCCCCUUCACCACGGCCAUGGUGAAGAUCGUCGCCGGCCUGGGGCCCAUGGACUCCCGGCCUCUCGUGUACGCCCUGGCGUGGGGCGCUUGCUUGGGCGGGAACGGCACGCUGAUUGGCGCGUCGGCCAACGUGGUAUGCGCCGGAGUCGCCGAGCAGCACGGACACCGCUUCACCUUCUUCGACUUUUUCAAGGUCGGCUUUCCUGUGAUGCUACUGACGACUGCUAUUGCAUCGUUUUGGUUGCUCUUCUGUCACGUUUUGCUGCAGUGGAACUCAUAGAUGCAAGAAGAAGGAAAGAAAGACACCUUACGUUUGUUGUUUUGUUGAGAAAAAACAAAAAAAGAAAACACUUUUUAUACACAAUAUCGCACACAA